AGGGGCUGGGCGACUUGCUGCUCAUUCUCAGCGAGGGUUUAGGGUUUUAGAGGGUCCGCCUCAGCGCCGAGGAUUUGCAGAUUUUUGCCCUGUUGGCCGUGGCCCUGGUUUGUUUUGCAGCUUAUCUUCGAACGAACUUCUGUGGAGGGCUUCUUCUGAAGCGGGGGAAAGCAAACAGCUGCCAAGAUGGUGAAGCGUAGCAAAAAGAGUAAGUCCAAGCGUAUUCCCUUAAGGAAGAAGCACAAAAUCAUAAAAAAAGUGAAGGAGCACCACAAAAAGCAGGCGAAGGAAGCAAAGAAGAAAGCAAAGUUAGGUAUCAAACCUAGGACGAAAAUCGAGAAGGAUCCAGGGAUUCCUAACGCUUGGCCUUUCAAGGAGCAGGAGUUAGCUGCUUUGGAAGCCCGGCGCUCUCGGAUCCUCGAAGAGCUUGAGCAAAAGAAAGCUGCGAAAAAGGAAAGGGCUGCGAAGCGGAAAGCAGGACUGCUUGAUGAGGAAGAUGAUGCUGAACUUGCUGAAGCUUUGAAAACGGCUGCUGAGCUUGAAAAAACGAAGAAAGUAAAGAAUCUUUCCCCGAAAGAGGCUGCGCGAAGGACAUUUUACAAGGAGUGCAUGAAAGUGAUAGAAGCAUCGGAUGUUAUUAUUCAAGUACUGGACGCAAGGGAUCCUAUUGGUACUCGCUGUGUAGAGGUUGAACGUAUGGUUCAUGAAGCUGGGCCUUCUAAGCGUAUAGUUCUCGUCCUCAAUAAAAUUGACCAUGUACCUAGAGAAGUGGUGGAGCAAUGGCUUAAGUACUUUAGGGGGGAGCUUCCUACAGUUGCAUUCAAAUGUAACUUGCAGGAGCAACAAAAGAAUUCAGGAAAGAAAUUACGUAAGGAUUCUACGAAUGGCGACCUUUUGCAAACUAGCAACUGCUUAGGCGGAGAGACUCUAUUGAAACUUCUCAAGAAUUAUUACAAAAAUCAGAAAAAGAAAGAAGAACUUGUAAUUGGCGUCGUUGGGUAUCCAAAUGUCGGGAAAAGUAGCUUAAUUAAUAGUUUGAAGAGAACACAAGCGGUCUCUGUUGGAGCGCAUCCUGGUGUAACCAAGGUAAUGCAGGAGGUUCCUUUGGAUAAGCGUUUGAAGAUACUUGAUUGUCCUGGAAUUGUUAUCUCAGCAUCAGCUGAAAAUGAAGCAUCUGCCGCACUGCUGAACUUAAUCAAUGUUGAUCAGCAGCUUUCAGAUUCUAUCUCUCCAGUGAAGGAAAUAUUGCGGAUAUGCCCUGCUGAGAAGUUGAUGACCAUUUACAAAAUUGCCAAAUUCAGUGACGUGGACGGGUUUCUGACCAGUGUUGGAACCUUACGUGGGAAAUUGAAAAAGGGUGGCGAAGUAGAUAAAUCGGCUACUGCCCGCUCUGUGAUUCAUGAUUGGAAUGGAGGGAAAAUACCAUAUUUCACAGUACCACCUGUGCGACCUAAAGGGUAUUCAGACGAUCAAAAUUGGUCAAAGGAGUUUGAAGCUGAGAAAGCGUUGAAGAACGAGGCAUCUGCAGUUCUAGCUUGUCUAAAAUCCUUGGUCGAAAGCCGUCAUGCUCAAAUACAAUCAAGGACUCCACUUGGGAUGGAUGUCGAUGAUUCUGUGAUAAAUGAUGAAUCUAUAGAGGAGGAUGAUAGUGACGACGAUGAGUAUGGAGUUGAAGAUGAGGAGGAGGACGACGACGACGACGAGAUGGACACAGCUGAAGUGGCAGUGCACAAGGGCAAACAGGCAAAUGGUAAAAUAGUGGCGAAGAAAGCCAAGGACGAACCUAUGAAGGCCAAGAAGAAAAGCAAAGGAGAUGUUGGCAACGGGAAGACAUCUAAAACAGAUUCAAAGGCAUCUGAUGACUAUGACUUCAACACAGAUUACACUGAUGACAAAGUGAACGGAGAAGCUGAGGAUGAUGAUGAAGAUGAUGAUGAGGAGGAUGAGGACGACGAUGACGAUGAUGAGGAGUCGAUGGAAGACUAGUUAUGUUUCUCAAAGAAGCGCCGCAAUUUAAGCUUAGCGUUGAGUUCAUUGAGUUUUUAGAGCGUUUUGUUCCGCCCUUCAUCUUUUUUUCCUUAUUUGAGGUCUUUAUAUGAGAAGGCAUGACGGAAGUCUUUUGCUUAAGCCCUGGUAUUAGUGCUGGAAAGGUCCUAUGGCAUUGUGUUCAAGUCUGUCAAGACUGUUGCAGAGUUGUCUGCUUUUGCGCGGGGCUGGGACUUGCAGUUUCUGCAUCUGCUCAUCAAAAUGCGGACAUAUUAAUGUAGUUCCAGAGGUUUUGCAUAGGUUAGAUCAAGUGUGUCAACCACGCAAUUUACGACCGAUUUAUUUUUGGCUACAUUGGUGACAACGACAAUUGUCUGAAGUGCCUCGAGCUAUUUCGAGCGAGAUCUUUGUCGCAACUUCUUCGAUUGAGAAAAUAGUGAUUGUGUGAAUAUUCUCAAACCAUCGAAUCUGAUUAAAAUGUUACGAAAUUUAGAUACUCAUUUGGUAGAUAGUUAAAAUUGAACCGGGGAAUGUGGCAUUUUUGUGUCAUGUUCAGUGUACAAAGUUUAACAAUUAAUAAAGAUCCACAAGUUUUCGACAA